CAUUAGAGCUGGGCAGGGUGUGUGCUCUUUCGGCACGCAACCACAAAAAGGUUAGGCAUCGCUGAACUAGAGUUUCAGCAUUUUAACACUAACCCAAUUUAGCAUACAGGAAGUCGUCACAAUCUUUUUUUUUUAGUGACCAGCUGAAGUUGUGUUGACACUGGAGAGAGAGACUUAUGACUGUUAUUCUCAGUUCUGACCGUUCCAGGAUCCCCAUCCAAAUUCAGAUGCUUGGCAACUGACUCGUAUUUAUGACGGUUGCAGUGUUCCAGGGUCCCGUGAAUUCCUUUUUACGACCUUCUGGUUCUUAAAAUAAAUUGUAACCCUUCCAGCCAUGUGAAAAGUCAUUUUUUUUUUUUUUUGGCAACCUGGCAUCCUCAGAUGUGUGCGAUGACAAAUUCCCCAAUUCCCAGAGUGGCCAUUGUGGAUUAUGGGACCUCAUGCCCAAGAUGCAUGGGAAAAGGUGGCUUAACCACGCUUUAAUUUUAAUCUUUCAUGAAGGAUUAAUUGUUAAUUAACGUUUUAACGUUCUCUCUAGGCAGAGGAGAAGAUGAUGUCCAGGCAGGGAUAAUCUUGACAAUGGCAGUGCUAAGACUUCCUGCUUUCCAAAGUGGCCAGAACAAGAGUGCCUCUGAGCAUACCACGAGUUGACACUCCAAGAAACAAGAAGGAUUUUAUUUUUCAGAAUGGAAAGACAAAGCGAGAACCUGACUGUCCAAAGAUUUCAACCCAGCCCCCAAGAAUACAACCUCAAAAAAAUAAAUAAAAUAAUAACAACAAUAAGAAUAAUAAAAAUAUCAGCAAGACUUUUGCGCCUGCGCAGUCAGGAGCUACUCCUCAGGAACGCGGGAGGGAGACCAGGCCGAUGAAGGACUUCCUUCCUCAAGCCACGCCCCUUUUCUCAGAUUCCCGCCACCGCCGACCAAUCAGGAGGCCUCGUUCGCCGCCGGGCGAAUUUCCCCGCCAAACUCCAAAGCCGGGAGUUGUAAAAAAAAAAAAGCAGAGGGAGAAAAAGCAGGUUUUUCUCUUUUUUUGGCGCGGCUGCCGCGUUACCUGUUCUUCUGCAGCUCCGUUGCCUAGAAAUCUCGGGCUCUUCUCGUGCAAAAAAUAAUAAUUAAAAAUAAAAAUAAAAAUCUCUUUGAAGUUUGCAUUUGCCAAGACUGGAACCCGCCGAUUGCAAGUUUUGCUCUUUUCUUUUGGUUUAAAAAAAAAGAAGAGGCGCCAACCUUUGGAUCUGGGGGAAGAGGAGUAAGAAAGAUCCGUUUGGGCACAAGACAACCGCCACAAUGUGGAUCCAAGUGCGCACCAUGGAUGGGAAAGAGACCCAUCGGGUGGACUCUCUUUCCAAACUUACGAAAGUGGAAGAGCUUCGGCAGAGGAUCCAUGAAGUUUUCAGGGUGGAACCUGACAGACAGAGGCUUUUCUAUCGAGGCAAACAGAUGGAAGAUGGUCACUCCCUCUUUGAUUACAGCGUGAAUUUGAACGACAUCGUCCAGCUGUUAGUGAGACAAAGCCCCACUAACCUGCCCUUGGUGAACAAGGAGAAAGACUCUGAACUUUCGGACACGGACUCUGGCUGCUGUUCAGGCCAAAGCGAAUCGGACAAAAGCUCCAAUAAUGGGGAAGGGGCCGUGGAGAUUGAGGCACCGUGCAGUAGUGCCGUUGGGACUGAUUUGGUGGACCCCGGCUUUGGAUUCUAUAAGAUUAAUGAAUUGGUAGAUGCUCGUGACACGAGCAUGGGAGCCUGGUUCGAAGCGCAAGUGGUGAAAGUGACUCGGAAAGGGAACUCGGCGAGCAAGGCGAGCGAAAGUGACGAAGAGUCCAAUUUGGAAGAAGCCGUUCCCGACGAGGACAUUACCUAUCACGUGAAAUACGAAGACUAUCCGGAGAAUGGUGUCAUCCAGUUGAGUUUGAGAAAUGUCCGCGCUCGCGCCAGGACGAUUUUAAAAUGGGAAGAGAUAGAAAUCGGAGAUGUCGUCAUGUUGAAUUAUAAUCCCGAUGAUCCAAAAGAGAGGGGCUUCUGGUACGACGCAGAGAUCCUCCAGAAACGAGAAACGAGGACUUACAAAGAAUUAUACGCCAAGAUCGUUCUUGGUGAUGGUGGAGAUAUCUUGACUGAUUGCCGAAUUGCUCUGGUGGAUGAGAUUUACAAGAUCGAAGAACCGGGCUGUGCUGUGCCUUUGACUUCUGAAAGUCCCCUAAAAAGGCCAAGUGGACCCGUGUGCAAGCAUUGUAAAGACAACCCGAGCAAAACCUGCCGGAUGUGCGCCUGCCACAUAUGCGGUGGGAAACAAGACCCCGAAAAACAGCUCAUGUGUGAUGAAUGUGACAUGGCUUUCCACAUUUAUUGUCUUGACCCCCCUCUUAGCAGGAUACCUGACGAUGAGGACUGGUAUUGUCCCGAAUGUCGAAAUGAUGUGAAUGAGGUGGUUUUGGCUGGUGAGAAGCUGAAAGAAAGCAAAAAGAAAUCUAAGAUGGCAUCUGCUAACUCAUCCUCUCAGCGGGAUUGGGGCAAGGGCAUGGCGUGCGUGGGACGCACAAGGGAAUGUACCAUUGUGCCAUCAAACCAUUAUGGGCCCAUCCCCGGAGUUCCAGUGGGAACCCUGUGGAAAUUCAGAGUCCAGGUGAGCGAGUCGGGCGUCCACCGGCCCCAUGUCGCAGGGAUUCACGGCCGGAGCACCGAUGGAGCCUAUUCUUUGGUCCUGGCGGGCGGAUACGAAGAUGAUGUAGAUCACGGAAAUUCUUUCACUUACACGGGGAGCGGAGGCCGUGACCUUUCAGGGAACAAGCGGACAGCUGAACAGUCCUGUGAUCAAAAACUUACAAAAAUGAACAGAGCUCUGGCACUGAACUGCAGUGCACCGAUUAACGAUAAAGAGGGUGCGGAAGCCAAGGACUGGCGAGCCGGGAAACCGGUUCGAGUGGUGCGGAACAUGAAGGGAGGCCGAUACAGCAAAUACGCCCCCACAGAUGGAAAUCGUUACGAUGGGAUCUAUAAGGUAGUUAAAUAUUGGCCUGAAACAGGGAAAUCUGGCUUCUUGGUUUGGCGUUACAUGCUCAAGAGAGACGAUGAAGAGCCAGCCCCUUGGACCAGAGAAGGCAAAGAGAGGAUGAAGAAGCUUGGCCUGACUAUGCAGUAUCCCGAAGGGUACCUGGAAGCCGUUGCAAACAAAGAUAAAGAAAAUAGCAAGAAAAUAGAAGAAGAAUCCCCAAUUCAAGGGAAGAGGAAAAGGAAAUCCGGAAACGAUUCGGACCUUUGUGCCUCUCCUGCCACCACCCCAAAGAAAACUAAAGUCGAGCUCUACAAACUCACUCCCCAGCAGAAGGCUCUUAUCAAAGACGAUGAAGCCAACACCAAGUUGUGGAAUGAAGCACUAGAAGCCCUUAAGGAAGGACCGAAAUUCUUGAGCAAACUGGAGGAAACCUUCCUGUGCAUCUGCUGCCAAGAGGUGGUUUUCCGACCAAUCACCACAGUGUGCCAGCACAACGUAUGUAAGGAUUGCCUGGAUCGAUCUUUCCGAGCCAAAGUCUACAGCUGCCCAGCCUGCCGCUACGAUCUGGGCAAAAACUAUACGAUGGAAGUCAACCAACCCCUGCAGGAUCUUCUCAUUCAGCUCUUCCCAGGUUACGGCAACGGACGGUGAUUCUGUAAAGCACUUCUCAUUUCCGGUUUUUUUUUUUUUUUUUUUUUUUUUUGAG